CCCUGACCUCGGCUCCCGGGGGCGCUCACUCUUACCUGUGUCUGGACUGUGCGGGGUGUCAUUUCUGUUUUUUCUUUUUAGUCAUUUCUGUUGAGCUUCCACAGAAGCCUUCCAAACUGCUCACAGGCGCCCCCCUGUGGCGCCGCCUCCUCGCAGGACCCGCUGAGGGAACGUGACGAUUCAAACUAGAGUCAUUCUGGGGGAAACCGUGGAUCAGGAACGAGCGUUAGCCGUUAGCUCACAGUGCUGCUCAGACUGGAGUUCAACGUGAGCCGAUUUUAAGGCUCCAUUUCCGGGAUCAGCUGAUCAUCUGGAGCCUCUUUCCAACAAAGGUCAAGAGGUCAAGUGUAGGUCUUCAAGAGCUCAUUUUUAAGAAUGAUUUUUGUCUCUUAUUUGGAAACAAAUGACCCUGCUGUCACCUGCCGACCUCUCGCAGAGGUGGACGCCCAAUCCUCUCCUUUUCUCUGUUUUCCUCGCUUUUGUCUCUGGAUUAUCUGGCGUAGUCUGAUUUUGCCGUCGUAGCAACGUGGACAACAGCUGCAGACCUGCACCUGGCAGCGGAGCUGGGCAAGACUCUCCUGGAGCGGAACAAAGACCUGGAGGACUCUCUUCAGCAAAUGUACAUCAACAAUGAGGAGCAGGUGCAGGAGAUGGAGUACCUGUCCAAGCAGCUGGAGACGCUGCGCGAGAUGAACGAGCAGCACGCCAAAGUGUACGAGCAGCUGGACGUGAUGGCGCGGGAGCUGGAGAUCACCAAUGAGAAGCUGGUCCUGGAGAGCAAGACCUCGCAGCAGAAGAUUGACAGGUUGACGGUUACCAUGGAGACGCUGCAGGAGCAGGUGGACACGCUGGCUGCCCGAGCGGAGCAGCUGCAGACACUGGAGGAGCUGAGGCUUCAGCGGGAGACCAAGUGCCGCCGCAAGAUUGCCCACUCCUACCCCUGCCUGACGGAGCAGCGCAGUUCCCCCAGGUACGAGGACGGCUUCCUGCUGGCCAACCCUGGCAGUGUGGACCUGGUGGAGGGGCAGCGGCCGGCAGAAGAGGAGAACGAGCGUCUGCGGGAGGUGCUCUCGGCGCUGCGCUCGGCCAUGGCCGCGGAGCGAGGCAGGCGGGAGGGGGCGGAGCGCCAGUGCGCCACCGUGCUGCAGGAGCUGGAGCAGCUAGAGCAGCACCUGCUGGGCGCAGAGGGCUGCCAGCUGCGGGUGCGAGAGCUGGAGGCGGAGCUACAGGAGAUGCAGCAGCGGCGGGCGUCCCGCCUUGGUCUGAUGGGAGACACGGAGGCGGGGCUGGAAACGCUCCUGAUCCAAGGGCCCGAAGUGGACUCGCCAGCAGAGGGCGGCGAGCAGGACGGCGCUCCGGUGAGGAAGAGCUGCAGUGACACCGCGCUGAACGCCAUCUCUGCCCAGGACGCAGGCGGGAGGCGGCAGAGCGGCACCCGCAAGAGGGGCAUGUCCAUCCUGAGGGAGGUGGACGAGCAGUACCAUGCCCUGCUGGAGAAGUAUGAGGAGCUGCUGGCCAAGUGCCGGCGGCAUGAGGAGACUCUGCGGCACGCCGGCGUCCAGACGUCCCGGCCCGUGUCCAGAGACCCCUCCGUCAAGGAGUACGACCUGGCCGCCGCCGGGCCGUCCGGCGCCCAGACCCCCUCCACCCCGGAGGCGCUGGAGGGGAUCAGCCGGCAGGUGGAGCAGGUGGACAAGCGGCUGAGCCAGAACACGCCCGAGUACAAGGCGCUCUUCAAGGAAAUCUUCUCUCGGCUGCAGAAGAGCAAGAGCGAGGUGGACUCCAGAAAGGUCAGCAGGAAGGGCAGGAAGCACAAGUGAGGAAGUCAUGUGAUACUUAUACCAUCCAUUAAACAGCUGUCAAGAAAAUGUGGGCGUGGACUCUGAGUGGCCCUGGUGGGUCUUUUGUUUCUGAGCUUUCAGACAGGGGUCGGGUAGAAGAAGACGACAGGCACCGGCCCCAUCCACACUUUAUUGUGAACACAGAAGCACGUGGAGUCAAACCCGACCAGAACACCAACACUGAAGGAAGCCUCUCCUGCGCGGGAGGAGGGGGGCACAGGUUGGAGUUCACAGUCUGAUUCAGUGCUUUAGAAACUCCCAUCGAGCCCCACCGGUGGAGGCGGAUAAGGCCACAGCAGCGCUCACACUGGGAACAGCUGCAGCAGAGGUCGGAGGUCGCUUGGACUCUCUGCUCGCGGAGUGUUAACUGAAUUAAAGCCCCGGUGACCCCGAUUCUGAUGAAUGGACAGACUCCGGUGAAAAUAAUCAGCUCAAAGGAUUUGCAGCGACGAGUGCGAGGCGGCGACUCGCACAGCAGCACGAGUCCU